AACAUUAAUUAUCGGUGAUCGGAAUAAAAAGAGGAAAUGACAGGGACAAAGUCGUUCGAGUGAGGUAUAAUGAAAUUCGACGGUGAGGGGUCGUCAUUUGGGGUCAAUCAGAAUUCAAAAAAUAAUGCCCAGUAACUUCAACAGUCUUUAGAAGACCGUUGACUCGAGUGCAGGCUCAACUCGUUGAGGAAAAAUAACAUUCGGUGAUCAUAGUGAAUUGUAGAGUGUGUGAAAUAUUUAUUUAAAAAAUAUGGAGAAGGAAUUGUCGGGUAAACGUGAGGCCCAGUGGAUCUACGUUUUAUGGUACAUUCAUUUGUAUAUAUUGGGAUCCUAUGGAAUUUAUAAAUUGGCUGAUGCCGCGUGGACGACAUUUUUUUUCGCUGUCUUCAUAAUAUUAAUGGGCGCACUGGGAAUAACAGUUGGUGCUCAUCGACACUGGGCCCACCAGUCCUUCGAGGCCCAUUGGUUUAUUAAAGUCUGUUUCAUGAUUUCGCAUACUCUAGUGGGUGUCGGACCGAUCUACGACUGGGUACUUGCUCACAGGAUUCAUCACAAAUUUUAUGGAACCGAUAAAGAUCCUUAUAAUCAUAAUAAGGGAUUCUUGUACAGUCAUCUGGUGACAAAUUUAAUGAGCAAUCCUGAUGAUUAUGAGCAGACAGCCAAGCAGAUUGAUAUGAGGGACAUUGAAUCGGAUGGAAUCGUUUGGUUUCAGAGAAAAUUUUACUGGCCCCUUUUCCUCAUCGUUGGGCUUUUGCUACCGAUAAAUGCACCUGCUGAGUACUGGGGUGAAUCGAUAAUAAAUUCAGUAUUUAUCCUUGGAUUUCUACGGCUGACUGUUCUCAUGAAUAUCUCGUUUCUCGUCAACAGUGCGAUGCACAUCUGGGGACUUAAUCUAACAGACAAAUUUCCGCCAGACGACAAUUUGGUAUUUUUAAUCAAUAGAUCGUUCUGGUUGAAUUAUCACUAUCUUCUACCCUGGGACUGGAAAACUGAUGAAUUCGGUGGUUAUGACACGGGUGUAUCCGGUUUUACUAUCAAGUGUCUCAAUGAAUUGGGACUUAUCAACAAUCUUAAGACCACGUCGAGUCAAUUGAUAAGGGAGGCUCUCUAUAAAUCAGCGACUAGUAAAAAAACAACUUGCGAUGUUCUUGAUGAUCUGAAGAAAGCCGUUGAAUACGAAACUGCCAGGAUUAAUCUUCAUUAUCAUCAUUAGUCGAUGAUUUGAUCAUGCUGAAUAGUAAUUUAUCAUUUAGGAUUAUUUUCGUUAAAGUGUAUUUAUUCUACCACUGUAACAUCAUCGCGAUCAUUUCAAUGAAAACGUCCAUAACAAAUGUAGAAAAAUUGUUGAGAGAUAAUACAUUGUCAUUUGACAUCAGAAUUAAUUGGCGUUCGUUGGAUUUUUAUGAUUCCUGCUCAUUAAUUUAUUCGGUAGCAAUGAUUUUUUAUCAUCGAUUUAUCUCGGAAAUAGUAGAUUCGGAGGGAAAAUAGAUAGAGGAUUUUAAAUUUCCGAUAAAUAUUAAUGAUUUAUGCGUUUUUUUUAAUGAUUUUCGUGCUGAGUUAAAGGGAUUGAAGAGACAAUUACUCGUUGGUGAGUCGUUUCAUUAAAAAUAUCGUUUUAUUGAUUAUUUAUUAAACUUAGAUCACUUCGUGAUUAAUAUUCGAAUAUUCAAUUACAGAAUUACAAGAUAUCAUUAUACCCGAAUUUAAUUAAUAUUGUACUAUCAUUAACCCAUUAGUCUAAGUAAACGACUCUCCUGUACGAAGUAUCGAGCGAUGUCGCGACCAGCACGAAAGUCGCAAUUAAUCACAAUCUCGUGUUAUUCUCCUGUCAUGUUAUACUUUCAAGUUAAAUUCAUUCAGUCGAAAAUUAUUGUGGACCCCUAUUACUCUGGACGGUGAUGUAA